UUAAUAUUUAAAAAUAUUUUCGAUUCAAACUUAUCAACAAAUAAGCUAUUUUUAGAACAUGUGUUAAUGUACUGUUAAUUAUUAAAACAUUUAUCGUUAAAAUGAAAAUAUUUAAGAUAAUAGUUGUCGGUGAUUCAAAUGUUGGAAAAACUUCAUUAACUUAUAGAUUUUGUGAAGGAAAAUGUUUAGAAACUGCCGAAGCAACAAUUGGUGUUGAUUUUAGAGAAAGAAUUGUUACUGUGGAUAAUGAAGAUAUUAAACUUCAAUUAUGGGAUACAGCUGGCCAAGAAAGGUUUAGAAAAUCAAUGAUCCAACAUUAUUAUCGUAAUGCACACGCAGUUGUUAUUGUUUAUGAUGUUACGAAAAUGUCAUCUUUUGAUAGCAUUCCAGGAUGGGUUGAAGAAUGCGAAAAAAAUAAUUUAUAUAAUGAUAUUCCGCGAAUUCUAGUUGGAAAUAAGUGUGAUUGUACUGAGAAUUAUGCAGUAAACACAAACAUAGCUCAACGUUUAGCUGAUAAGUACGAUAUGCCAUUAUUUGAAACAUCCGCCCAUGAAGAUUCUGAAUGUGAUAAUAUUGAAGCUAUUUUUUUAACGCUAGCCCAUAAAUUAAAAAGUCAAAAACCUUUGAUGUCACCUUCAUGUAAUUCUGCCAAGAGACAACAGCAUAUUACUCUCAAAAGAGAAAAUACUAUAAAUAGCAACAAUCAAGAAGAAAGUUGUUUUUGUUAACAAAUUAUUCUAUUAAUUUUUAUAAAUAAAAAUUAUUUACAAAUAGCAGUCUAGAUUGGCAGCAGGCUGUAAAGAAUUUAAGGUUCAGAUCAGAUUACUAUAGACUAAUUAAUUAGAAAAUACAUUUUAGUACAAAAUUAUAUAAUGUAUAUAUAUACUUAGAAUCAGUAGACAAAAUUUUAAUUUCGAUUUAAUGUAAUAUAAACGUGAUGUUGGCCCUUUAACUAUUUUACGGAGCAAUACGUACCUAUUGUCUUGAACUUCUGUAAAUUAAUCAUUAGAUAUGGUUACUGAUUGUAGCGUAUUAGAGUUUUUCAAUCAAAAGUUAAGACAAUUACGCUUUGUCUAGGUCUAGGCGAUAGAAUUACCAUUAAGUCAAAUUUGCUAACUCUUAAAAAUAAAUAUCAAUAGUAAAAUUUCUGAAUUAGCCCAUUUCCGCCUAUCUGUCCGUCUACACAAUAUCUCAAAAACGAAAAGAGUUAGCCAGCUGAGGUUUUUUCUAGAUUUUAAAAUAUAUUUUCAGUUUUUGAACGACCAAAUCGGCCAGUGUGUCUCAUGUAACUCUAAUAACCCUUUAAUUAUACCUACGCAAUAGCUGAUUUAAAUACUUUCUUAAAACAGUAUUUUUUGUCAGCAGGAGAAAUUACACUGCUAUCACAUCUUAAUACGACGAAAUAUAUCAUCUAUUUCAUAUUUCGGAAGAAAACUGUACUGGGUUUUGGAUUCUUGGAUUUUAAAGUCAUAAUUUAAAUAGUACUUAUCAUUACCAAUUAAAUUUGGAUAAACUUCCUUUUUAUUUACUCAGUAGAAUCAUUAGUAACUCUAAAAUGCCUUACCAAACAUCAUCCUUUUAUAAGACUCUAUACUAAGAUACAUAUCUAAAAUUUACUUAAGUUCUGGGCAUAUCAGAAUUAAAUAUAUUAUUCCCUGACUCCGGCCAAUUUUACGACCGAGCUAAUAUAUGUUUACAAAGUGCAAAAUUGUUGUAAAUACUGUUCAUUCUAUAAAUAAUAGCAUUUAAUUUAUAUAUAAGCAAAUACGACAUUUAGAUAUAUAUUUUUUAGUUUCUUACUUUAAAAGUGAGAUACUACUUUAUUUUAUUUUACAUAGCUUAAGGUUUUUCUAACGAUAUAAGAUAGAACGCAUUAUUAUUCAAAGAGAAAAAUAUAGUUAUCUAAAUAGCAGUAUAUUACUUCAGUCAAUCUGUGAACACUACAACGAAUGCUAUUCAGAAAAACCUUCAACAGUAUACAGAACGUUGUCGAUUGUACAAUUCACUUCUGUAUUCGACUAAAUAUUCGUCAAAAAUUAAUAUUUGUUUAUUGUUUUUUCGUAAACUAAACGGUCAAUUACAUCCUAAUUAGACUCAAAGCAUCCCUAAUUUGUUUAUUUACAGAUAUUUAUUUUUUGAAAAGUUGUUUUCUAUUCGUUGUAUGCGUAGUUAUGGUAGGGACAAUAAAAUCGAU